UGGAAUUUCCUUCAAUGUGCCCUGGAAUAAAAAUAAAACACGGAAGAGCUGUAUCAAGUCUAGUCAAAAUAAAUAACACAAAGAGUCUUCAAGUUGAAACAAACGCAUCCGUUGGGUCUGGUGGAAGGAAAAAAUUGAAUCGAGGUAUCAGAUAAAUCAUCGGCUCACAACAAAUACUAUAAAUAUUAUGAUUGUCAACUCCAAUCAGGUUAAUAAAUUCCCGUAACAUUUAUGCGAAUGAAAAUUCCAUUCUCAAGUGGAAAAUUAAAAAAUUUAAUUUCAUCAACUUUCCAAUGGACAGCGAUGAGAGAGCAGCUUUGAAUUACGAUUGCAACUACAAUCUCUUCUUAGCGAAACGUCUCAUUAAAAAACUGAUUAAACUUCGAGAUCGAAAGCUAGUGGUUGAAUGGCUGAAAUACCUGAUGUCCUUCAAUGAAAAACUUCCCGAGAUGGAGCUGAGGAAUGAUUUCAUGUACCAUUUAAUUCUAAACCUGCAAAAUGCCAGCCUAAAACCGCCAUUCGACUCGCACCCUUCGAUGACAACUUCAAUUUUGAAAUUGGCGCAUUUCAUGCCUGACAAAAGGGACAAGACUAUGACAGUCGAGGAGAUGAUGGCUGAGAUCGAUGGGGAUGCUAAUGGCGACGUUAAUGAACCACUCGUCAUGAAAAAAUCACCGGAUGGUGGAGCUUUUUUGGCCCAACAACCGAUGCCCCAUGAAGGAUCUUUCGCUUAUCUCACUAUCAGCACGAAGCCAUACAAAUCGGCCACUAAAAAAUGCCCGAUAUAAUUCCCAAUAUGUCAAUUAUCAAUUAUGAAUUCUUCCUCACAACCUGUUCAGGUAGAAAAGAUGAAAACUGUAGAGAAUGUUUGAAAUGAUUCGUCGAACCAUGAGAAGAACAUCAUUAUUAUGCCUCGAGUAUUGAUGUUGAGUAAUUGUUGAUUCAAAGAGAAUCAUUCACAUGCAGAUUUUCAAGGCCGCGUAUUGCUGAAUUUUUCAUCAAAUGCAACAAUUGAAAUUCGGUCACGGAUUAUUCUUGACCUGUGUGUAAAAGAAAAUUGGUAUUUGUAAUCGCUGAUUUUUUUAAUUCAAUAAGAAAUCAAUUGGGUAUCAGGAAAUUAUUUGCUAGACUGCGUGAUAAUGGAGAUAUCUCGACCUUUUAAAAAUGGUAGAGGAUAAAAAAGUAUCUUGGGUUUAAUCGAGAAAACGAUUUAGAUAAUAGUAUUUAGCGUAAAUAUUGAAUGAUACAAACUAUUGUCGCGCGCGGCAUAUCUUUUGUAAUUAGAGGACAAGUGGGAGAUGAGAAAUAAUUUUCAUUGAACAGUCGGUGAAUUGUUGAGUUUGUUGUCGCAUCUAUGGGUAUGCUAAUUGCUCUGUCUCAUACACGCUUGCAAUUUUUUAUAAUGCCGAUCGACGUGGAAAUUUGCGAGUUGCGAUCGGAUUCAAGAAACUUGAUUUCUACGGUUUUAUUUCCUUUUACGAGUCACUGUGGAAUCACCUCAGUUUGAGUUUAGUUCGAGGACAACAUGAUUCAUGUGGAGACACAUCAAAGAGACCCAGGGGAUCCAUAAAUUUUCUGCGCGGUACAAAUUGAAUUUGAAAAAAUUCAAGUCGAAGAAAAAGAAAAGAUGGAGUGAGAAAUAUCUCAAGAGCUGAGCGUUAAAAUAAUCGGCUUUGCAAAGUGAAUUAAUGCAAGUGAAUUUACGACAAGUGAACAAAUUCUUACGGAAUUUAUAUUUUUAAAGACGCAUCGUCAAUGAGAAAAUUUCUAAUGAUUUCACAAAUCAUAACUUUGGACUUCAAAUGAGUCAUUAUUGAUUAACCGAUUAUUCCACCGAAUCAAAAAUCGUCCAGCUCAUGUUAUCACAAAUAAUCAUCAUCACCACUGAGAUAGUGUUUAAAUCUCUUUUACCCCAAAUUUUUCAAAAUAUUUGCUAUCCUCUAAAAUUGAGUUCAUUAAAAUUGAUUUUGUUUUUUUUUUCGGGAAUUCCUCUUUGAUCAUAAGUACGAUCAUACAAUUUCUGUGCUGAUUAAACACUCUUGCUGAUAAGAGCUCGUUUGAUAAAUGAAGGAAAUGAUUAUUCCCAGUCAGUGAUCCACCGGUGAUUUCGGUAGUACGAAUUCAGCUGACAAAAAAACAAACACGAAGAGCUAUAAAACUGGAUGUUUCCGCUCUUUAUAAAAAAA